AUGUCACACAAAACUGGUCAAUCCGACGAGACUUGUCACUUUGGUGGUGGCGCGACUCUGUUUUCCAUUGCUCUCGUUGCUGCAAGUCAACGUAGUACAAACGGGCCCCAAUUGGCUCGGAGGAGCCUCCCUGAGCUAGAGACAGCAGCAUGUGGUGGGAAAGGGUUGUUGUACAGGCAACUUGAUCCACGUCAUAUCAACUACAACAACCACGUGUUGUCUUUAAGAUCUAGGGGCUUCUGUGAUUACGGCAAGACUGUAGAAAAGGUUCAUGUCAAGUCAUUCAAAAAGUCACUAUUCUGA